CUGGGUUGAGAACUUUGGACAUGAAGGACUUGGCUUACUGCUGGACAUUUUGGAAAGACUGGUUGAAGCAAAACUGCAGGAUAAAAUUCUGAAGAAGGUACAGCAUAAAAUCAUACAGUGUUUGAAGGCUUUUAUGAACAACAAGUAUGGUUUGGAAAGAAUAAUGGGUGAGGAGAGGAGCUUUCUAUUACUGGCCAAAGCAAUUGAUCCCAAGCACAUCAACAUGAUGACUGAUGUAGUUAAACUUCUUUCUGCAAUAUGCAUUGUUGGAGAAGAAAACACCCUUGAAAAGAUUUUGGAAGCCUUGACUGCAGCAGCAGAAGAGAGGAAAACUGACAGAUUUUGUCCCAUUGUGGAAGGUCUGCAGGGAAAUUCAGCCCAUUUGCAAGUAGCUUGUAUGCAACUCAUCAAUGCACUCGUUACAUCUCCUGAUGAUCUGGACUUCAGACUCCAUAUUAGGAAUGAAUUUAUGCGCUGUGGAUUGAAAGAGCAAUUGCCGCAUUUGAAAUGCAUAAAGAAUGAUGCUUUGGAUAUCCAGCUCAAAGUGUUCAGUGAGCACAAAGAAGAAGAUAUGAUUGAAUUUUCUCAUCGUUUAGAAGAUAUCAAAUCUGAGUUAGAUGAUGCAAGUGAUGUUUACAAUAUGGUAUGGAACUCUGUGAAGGACACAAGUGCAGAAGGCUAUUUUCUUUCUAUCCUUCAGCAUCUCUUGCUGAUACGAAAUGACAAUUUUAUACGACCCCUGUAUUUCAAGUUAAUCGAAGAGUGCAUUUCACAGAUAGUCUUACAUCGAAAUGGAGUAGACCCAGAUUUUAGUUACCGUAAAAGACUGGAUGUGGACUUUAGUCAUCUAAUGGAUGUCUGCAUUGAACACAAAGUAGAAGAGCUUAAAGAGAAGGCUUCAGGAGCUUCAAAAAAGUUUGAAGAAGAAUUUUUAGCUCAUCAGGAGACAAAGGCGCAACUUCAGAAAAUUGAAGCAGAAUGCAAGGUGCAAGAUUUGCAUUCGUUAACUCAGAGCCUUUCUUUCCAGGGUGCUGCGAUGGCAGGUGCCUCUCCACGUCCAUCGACUGUCGUGUCGUCUGAAUUGUUACCACCGGCGGCACCUUCCAAUGGAGCUCCUCCGCCCCCCCCCCCCCCCCCCCCCCCCCCCCCACCCUCCCUUCUUAAUGGCCCAGGAAAGCCUCUUCCUUUUGGUAUUCCUCCUCCGCCCCCACUGGGGACCUUGCCCGGAAUGCCUUCCCCUCCUCCUCAAGCCCUACCCUUUGGAUUGAAGCCUAAGAAGGAGUUUAAACCUGAGGUCACGAUGAAAAGAUUCAACUGGGCAAAGAUCGGGCCACACGACAUGAAUGAAUCCUGCUUCUGGCUGAGGGCAAAUGAGGGCAAGUAUGAGAAUGCUGAGCUGCUGUACAAGCUGGAACUUACGUUUUGUUGUCAAAAAAAUGUUAAAAAAGAUGAAGGUUUUGAGGAGAAGAAAUCUGUUAAAAAGCGAAUCAGAGAACUAAAAAUUUUGGAACCAAAGGUUGCCCAAAAUCUUUCUAUCUUUCUAGGUUCUUUUCGGGUUCCGUAUGAAGAAAUAAAAAUGAUGAUACUGGAAAUAGAUGAAGUCCAGCUGUCAGAAUCCAUGGUCCAGAAUUUAAUAAAGCACCUUCCUGAACAAAAACAGCUCAAUGAAUUGUCCAAUUUAAAGAGUGAAUAUAAGAACUUGUCUGAACCUGAGCAGUUUGCUGUGGUGAUGAGCAGUGUAAAGAAGCUGAAGCCACGGCUGAAUGCAAUACUGUUUAAGCUGCAGUUUGAGGAGCAGGUGAGCAACAUGAAACCUGACAUCCUGGCUGUCAGUGCAACCUGUGAGGAGAUACAGAAGAGCAGAAGCUUCAGCCAGCUCUUGGAGCUGGUGCUGCUGACGGGAAACUACAUGAACGCAGGCUCUCGGAAUGCACAGGCCUUUGGAUUUAACCCUUGCUCCCUAUGUAAAUUAAAAGAUACGAAAUCAGUUGAUCAGAAGAUAACACUGCUUCACUUUCUGGUGGAAAUCUGUGAGGAGAAAUAUCCUGGUGUCCUUAGCUUUGUUGAAGACUUUGAGCACUUGGAUAAAGCAAGUAGAGUUUCUGUAGAAAACUUGGAGAAAAGUCUAAAGCAGAUGGAAAGGCAGCUUAAGCAACUUGAGAAGGAUUUGGAGACCUUUCCCCUUUCUGAGGAUAUUCAUGACAAAUUUGUGACAAAGAUGUCCACCUUUGUUGUUCAAGCAAAGGACCAGUUUCAGAAACUUGCCAGGAUGCAUGAGAAUAUGGAAAAACUCUAUCGGAACGUGAUGGAAUUUUAUGCCAUCGAUUUGAAGAAGGUCUCGGUGGAAGAAUUUCUGACUGACUUGAACAACUUCAGAUCGAUGUUCAUGCAAGCAGUAAAGGAUAAUAUGAGAAAAAAAGAAGCAGAAGAAAAGCAAAGACGUGCUCAAAUAGCAAAAGAAAAGGCGGAAAAAGAAAAAUUAGAAAGACAGCAAAAGAAAAAGCAAUUGCUUGAAAUGAAAACAGAGGGUGAUGAGACAGGGGUGAUGGAUAGCUUAUUGGAGGCCUUGCAGUCAGGCGCUGCGUUCCGAGACCGAAGAAAACGGGCCACGAGAUUUAAAGAUGUGCCACAGAAUCUCAGCCCAACCUCUGAGAGACCUGUUUUGAAAGCGUGUAACCAUGAAAACCAGAAAGAACCAAGAGAAAAGUUACAUUUGCACCACGGUAUCAAUGCUGUGUCGGCAAAGAAUCCAGUGAGCAGGGAGCUUAAUCACGAUAUGGGAGUUAAUUCGUCUGCAGAAAAGAAGAAAAGCGUUGGGAAGAAGGAUGUCAGCAGUGGAGGAAGCAGCAGAGGGAAGGAAACGGAGUCUGCUAGCUUUGUUUCCAGGGGAGAAUCAAUCCCUGAAGUGGAAGCUCUGCUCGCAAGAUUACGGGCACUCUGAAUUCUUGCACUAGUUGAGUGAAUAUCAAGAGUCUAUUUAGAAGGCCCAAGAAAAAUAUGUUCAUCUUGUCAGACAGAGCUUCAGAAUUUUCUGAAUUAUUAGAAAAUUAUUCUCCAUCAAAAAUA